AUGACACUGCUUCCUGAGCCCCUGGCGCGCAUGCGUAGAGCCCUCUUGCCGGAACGCGUGCUGAUGAAAUAACGCAGUGUGUGAUACAGUAAGGCAGCUGGGGCCCGCAUUUUUAUAUUUAAGGACCGGACGAACUAAGACAAGAUGCCAGGGUUAAGCUGUAGAUUUUACCAGCACAAAUUUCCCGAAGUGGAUGAUGUGGUCAUGGUCAACGUACGGUCCAUCGCUGAGAUGGGAGCAUAUGUCAGCCUUUUAGAAUACAACAACAUAGAGGGCAUGAUCUUGCUUAGUGAGCUCUCAAGAAGACGUAUCCGCUCUAUCAACAAACUUAUCCGCAUUGGCAGAAACGAGUGUGUUGUUGUCAUACGAGUUGAUAAAGACAAAGGCUACAUAGACUUGUCCAAAAGGCGAGUUUCACCCGAAGAAGCAUUGAAAUGUGAAGACAAGUUUACCAAAUCUAAAACUGUUUACAGCAUCCUUCGUCAUGUGGCAGAAGUUUUGGAAUACACAAAGGAUGAACAGCUGGAGAGUUUAUUUCAAAGGACAGCUUGGGUGUUUGAUGAUAAAUACAAGAGGCCAGGAUAUGGAGCUUAUGAUGCAUUUAAGCAAGCAGUCUCCGACCCUUCUGUUCUGGAUGGACUCGACUUGAUAGAGGAAGAGAGGCGUGUUCUUAUUGAUAACAUUAAUAGACGUUUGACCCCACAAGCUGUAAAAAUUAGGGCAGAUAUUGAAGUGGCAUGCUAUGGAUACGAGGGCAUUGAUGCUGUAAAGGAUGCUUUGAGAGCAGGACUUAGUUGUUCUACAGAAAAUAUGCCAAUUAAGAUAAAUCUUAUUGCCCCACCUCGUUAUGUAAUGACUACCACAACCCUGGAGAGGACAGAAGGCCUUUCUGUGCUAAAUCAAGCAAUGUCCGUCAUCAAGGAAAAGAUUGAGGAGAAAAGAGGAGUAUUCAAUGUGCAAAUGGAGCCCAAGGUAGUCACAGACACAGAUGAAACUGAGCUUGCCAGACAGCUGGAACGAUUGGAAAAAGAAAAUGCAGAGGUUGACGGAGAUGAUGAUGCAGAGGAAAUGGAAGCAAAGGCUGAAGAUUAAUAUAAUAAAAAUUCAAAUCGCCAUCAAAAAAGGAAAAAAAAAAUCUGUCGCGUUACACAAACUUUCUUCCAAAUGUUUCAUGCAUUUUUGAUUUCAGGAUAUACACAUAUUAAACAUCAUAAGCCUAACACAUUUAUAUUUUAA